AUGGAAGAUUGGUUAAAGUUUGUACGUCAAAAUCCACUACUACCAGACUGUUCGACUGGAAAACAGACAAGUUGGUCAUCUUUUUCCUUGUUCCAUGGUCAAGACAAUUCGUCACAUAAGGCGUGGAUAAAUUUAGAAAAAGACGCUAUUGCGUCUCCAAUGCAUAUCCAUGUCUUGGAUACAUUAGGGGCCUUUGUUACCCAGAUGUCGUUAAAACAAAAGUCAUGUUUAGAGUGGGAUAUUCUUUUGAGGGUUCAACAAAUAACUUGGCCUCUUCGUGCUUCAUUUGUUUUACGUGCACUAAACACUGUCAACCAGACUCAGUCUUUCUUAACUGACGUCACACUAGAACAUGUCACUGUUUUAUUACAAGAGUAUAAAAUGCACAAUCUUUAUUCCCACAAUGACAUGUAUGAGCCAUUAAAGCAAUAUCUACAGCAACUAGACGCGUGGAUUUCAGAAACUAUACAACAAUUGACACAACCCUGUGUAACCUAUAGUGUGCUUCCUCAAAUAAUGUUAACAAAUAAAUAUCUUUAUCAAAACUAUUCCACUCUCUUUUUAGUCCUUGGAAUUUCUUCUCCUACAGGAUCUGAUGCAAUUCAUUAUUCAAACUUACUUUUGAAAAGAGAACAGUGGAAUACACCCGUUUAUCAUGAUGCGGUUAGCAAAUUCUUAUGUUCCGAACAAAUUUUUCGUCAACGCUGGUUAUAUGAAUCGUUAAACGGAAGUUGCACUAAAGACACAACUGCAGAAACAUUCACACAAGAUAUUCAAAAAUUGCAUCAAGAUUUGCUGUGCAUCGAUACAUGCGCGCAAUUUGAACCGAAAACGGGUUAUUGUAAUAUUAACACGUCCAGUGUGCAUCAAGAGGAUCUCGCCUCUAAUUCAUUAGUGUCGACACACAACCUUUUAGAUUUACUUCAUCAAUGUCAAACAGACUAUGAUCUAUUUUACACUGGAGAUUUCGCUGAAAAGGAAAAUUUAUCAACCUUACAAGCUCCUUUUAGCUAUAGCAGUGCUCAAUCUUUUCAGUAUGCUUUUAAUAAUUCAGAUGUUUGUCAUGCAUACUGGUGUACAGUAAGCCAAGGAUCAACUAGUUUACCAGUGCACAAUUGUUGCUACACAUCCCAUUUAUGUUUGAUGCGUCAGCUGGAUGCAGUUUUACAUCAAGGGUUUUCUAUUGCUCCUUGCGUAUCUUACCCAAUGUAUGAAUCGCAUGUAACUUGUUUCGAUAGCGUUCAACCGAUUUCCGAAACACGACAAGUUGACAAAAUUUCUUCUCAUGAAAAAAUACGUAUUGAUCUUCACCGUUUUAGUAGAGAAACCUAUAAAGUGGCACAAGAAUCAGUUUUAUCCAUGUAUGUUACAUAUGCAUCUGUACAGUAUACCAAUAUUGAUAACCUUUUGAGUGAACGUCCAGUUUUAUGUUACCAGAACAAUGUUUAUUUACAACUACUCGAACUUCGUCGUGAUAUCACUCGAUGGGCUAUUUCGACUUCUUUUAUAUUAUUAAAAAGUGUGGGUAGCUCGAAUUGGACUUUAAAGAACCAUGAGUUUUGUAUUGUUGAAGACAAUUUACGGCGCUGUAGUACACUUGAAGCUUUUAUUUCUCUUGAAAACUCGCUCAUGAAGCUUCAAGCGCGUUCAAAAAACGUUAUGCAACAGCUUUUCAACACUGGAGCAGAACAUUCGGAAAUGAUCUUCUAUGCCUUUGGAGUACAACAUUUCAACUCAUCUGACUUUGACGUUUCUAAUGUUGGCGGCUCUUUUCAUCAUGAACUGAUAACCCGUAUUCAUACGGUUCAAGCUCAAAUAACCGCUCUUGAAGAAAACUUAAAAACGAAACGACACAUUCAUUUCUUGAAAACAGUUCAUUUUUGGGAUCAAUUUGUUUCUCCAUACUUGGACGUGAGAGUACCAUGUGAGCCGGCGACUCCUUCUGGGUCUUUCUUCACAUUAGAAAAACCUGAUUUUGUUGAGAGUCAGAAAUCACAACAGGUUGCCUUUGAUUUGAUGUCGUUAUGUACCUCGGUCCGAAAAAUUCAGACUAUCCUUUUUGAAAAAACACGACUAUACAGUUAUUUGGAAGAGUUUUGUCUUCUUUUUUUAACACUGCUUUUAGUGUGGUGUGUGCAUCGUGAAGAAGUGUCAAGUGAAACAACUUUGGCUAUAAAGAAGCAGGUCCUAGCAAGGUUACCUCCAUUACUUGUGCAAGUCAUUGAAAAUUUAAAUGUUCAUGAAUUACGUAUUUUACCCUUCUUACAUAUUAGUUCCGAUUUUGGCAUUGUCGCAAUAGCAUUAAAAGAUGGCUUAAAUCCGGAAAUUCAUAAUGUUGUAUUUUUACAUUCCGAGAUUUUCUUAUGGAUUGCUUUAUCUGUUGAUGUUUUUUCACUCAAUCACACCAUUUUAUCAGACAUCAUACCACACCACUCAACCUUGUAUGAAGAUAUUUUGAAAAGUAUUAAAACACUUACCAAAUACGAUUUACAAGAAAAUGAACCUUUUUUAUCUCAAGCGCUUCAUUGCUUUACAACCCCUCACACAUUACACGACGUACCGGAAGCCUUAGGCUUACCUAUUGACUUUAUCAAAUGGCGUUUAAUGGUUCGAUUACAUAUGAUUCCAUGCACAGUUUCUUAUUUUUUUUUAAACGACACUCUCAAAAAAGAAAAGGUUCUGGGUGAAGGUUUAAAACGACAAAUGGUGUACAGAGUUGUGUAUUCCGACGCUACACGGAAUCUAUCCAAUCGAGUGUCGGCAAAAGAUUAUGAAAAAACGUUUUAUCGUUUUUUUCCCGUUUCCCGUUCUUUAGCUGUUAAAGAAGAAUUCUAUGAUAAUGCGUACAUGUCUGUUUCCUGGAAUCUUCAUCAACCUGUUUUAUUAUUAACAAAUGCUCCACAAAUCACGCCUUAUGAUUUCUUUUUAAAAAAUGGGGUCGAAACCUUACAGCUAAAACUACGUCAUCAAGCUACUACUUUAGCUUUGAACAAAAUACAAUGGAAUUUCGAUGCUUUACAAAAAUCACUACCUGCGUCUUCAUUUAAUAAUGAAGAUGUUAAAUCAAACCAAUACUGCACUCUUACUCUUCCAGGAACAUCUCAGUCACUUUUUCAAACAUUCAUGGAUAAUUGUGUUCAUCAUUUCUUGGUAGAAAAUGUUUUCAUGUAUCUCGAAGAUGUCUUUCAAUGGCAACAACACACCGAAAAUAUAGUUGAACUUUUAAAAUAUCGAAAAAAGGAAAAGGAACUAAUGUUUUCUCGGUUGAAUAGUGCACCAAACGACGCCCCAUGUCCUUUUAAUAAAUGGAACCUUUGUGAUCUGAAAGAAUAUAAAAAACUUUUACUGAAACUUUGGGACGUUCAUAAUUUGUAUGAUGAUCCACCUUAUGAAAAGUCGAUUCAUGCCACCUCUUGUUUUGGGACACUACAACAACUAUGUUCGUUAUAUAAUAAAGGCGUCAUUCUCCAUUGUCAUGCACCAAACGGUUCCGUUUCCGAUUAUUUGUCACGUGAACUUUCUUUCUUCAUAAAAACUGUGACCGAUUUAGAAUUUCAAGGUGACGGUCUACUGCAAAAAUGUGAAUCACUGGAAACUGAUUGGAACAAAAAUAAAAUUUCGUGCACUCAUUCUCAGGAAAAACAUCGUAUAGAGAACGACAAUUUCAUACAAAGAAAUUUGUUUGAGUACUUGUCUAUUCAAGAAAUAGAACUCUUUCUUAAGAAUUCCUCUUUCAUUCAUUUAAAAAGUCAUUCAAAAUUAAAGAAACUGUUUAGACUUUACUUAGAAUUGGAAUAUUUUGCCACAGUCGCUUUUUCACAACAAACAUUGCCUUUACGUAUGUUUGUACCGAAUCCCAUUGAAUCGUCUUUUUCACUGUUCCUUCAUUCCAGUAACGAACAUAUCAUGAGUGACAAUUCACACUUAACAGGUGAAAAUGAAACGAACACUUGUAGUACAAGUCAGUUGGUAUUCUUUGUGUACUCACGUGCCAUGUCAAGUAGUCUCCCAGUUAACAGUGAAUUCCGUAUCAAAAUUUUACAGCAGUGUUGGAUUAUUGCAGCGCGUUGUGCUAUUAAAGGAUUUUACGGGUACAGCACCGAAACGAAGAAAUGUGUCUGUUUAAAUGAUUAUGGAAUCCCAAUGAAAACGCUUCAACUUAUGUGUUUAGCCAGUCGCUCUUUAUUUUCAGAGGAAACUCUUCCUCCGGAAUCACAAUUAUUUAAAAUUCUUUUAGGUGCAGCUAAACGUUUUUUAUUCGAGGCUCGCACAACUUUAGAUACCUGGAUUCGAUUACGCAUAAUGGUUCAAUAUUAUCCAGUUUUAGUUUUAGACGAAAUGCAGCUUAUUCAAGAAAAACUUAAAACAAAGUUUCCCAACCUUUCCAUUGAAAUUGUAAAAGAAAAAAAUAAAAUUAUACAAGUUCAAGUGUAUAAAGAUAAAAAUAUAAAAACACGUUAUUUCCCUUCUGAACCUCUCGACAUUAAGGAAUUUUCAACCUAUCCUGUUACAAUCAACAGAUGGCAAGUUGUCUCCUCUAUACUUCACGAAGCAGCAAUGUAUUCAGAUCAAGACAUUUUGGUACACUGUUAUAAUGUUUCUUUAGAAGGUCCUCUACUUACCGAGCUUUUAGAAACCAAAAUAAGAGACGCAACACGCGACUGUUUAUGUAAACUUUUUCCUAAAGGUUCCGUUUCCGAUGCAUUUGAUAGAGAACAGCUAUUAUACAACACGGCAGGUUCCACGCUGAACGAACACUAUUUUAUAGCAUUACAGGAAAUGAUGCUUAAGCGUUUGCAGCAAAGCGUUAUUUCUCGACGAGUGUUACCUCAAGUUUCUAGUUUAAACGCGUCCCUUUCGACGGAUACAGAAACCUUCUCAAUGAAUUCUUAUGCCACAAACACGAAAACUCAGAAUAAAUCUACGAUUAAAACCCAAGAAGCGGACCAACUUCACAAAACUAUCGAUGCUCUUCUUUUAUCUAAACCGAAAGUCUCCACUGUUGAAUAUAAAAAACAAUUAGAACACAAUUUAAGCUGCUCUUUACAAGUUUCAACGUCAUCAUUGGAUCCAGCCAUUCCUUCUAAAUUUCAGUUUCCAAGCGAUUUACAGUUAACCGUUUCAGAACGCAGUGGAUUUCUUUGGACUGGAUUUUUAAAAAUUGAGCCCAAAGAAUCCGAAGCAAUCUUAAAAAAGCUCUUUUCAUUACCAAGCGUACUUGAAGAAAAAGAAAGCGAAUUUCAAAUAUGGGUUGUACCACUUUUUGCCCCAGUUGCUAAACCAUUGUUAUUGUUCUUAAGAACAAAAUCACAUUUUUAUUUGAAAAAGACUCUAGGAAUAGAGGAGUUUUCAAAUUACGCGAAUCCAAUUGCUUCUAACAACCAUCACGCUACUGUCAUGUUGCUAAAUGUGAUUAUAGGUGCAGAUUGGUCGAUGGGUGAGGAAAUGGAGAACGAAAUGACUAUUUCAACUGAGGUCAUUUUACAAAAGUGUCUCCGACCGUCGACUUUGACGGUGACAUGUGACGUCCCUAAAUGCCGAAUUCCUAGUGAACAAAUGGAGUUACUAGAGCAAGAUGCUUUAAAAAAAUCUCUUCAGGUUUUGUGCUUUUCAACAAGUGAAGAGGAUUUGGAAAUGCAUCAAACGGAAACUGUUCGUCUUUGGAUCAUUCCUCCUGAACCGAUCGUGGUUGAGUCGUUUAUGUCAACGGAUUUCCCCAAAUCAAGUCAGCUUCUCUUCGGUACAUUGGAAAUUCCAAUCACUUUGCUAGGGGAAGCCUGUUGUGUGAAUGGUUCAUUAAGUGACGUACGUGAAUAUGCUGCAUCUGUUGUUUUGUCUCUAAAAGACCAAAAAGUAAAAGACGCAUUACAAAAAAAGCUACCCAAAUUUCAUAACUUGCGUAUAACGCUACCCCGCACAACUUUUCAUUGGAUAACAAAACCAAAGCAAGUCAUGACGUGCCCUGUACUAACAUGUGACACACCAGAGAACGAAAUUGAAGAGAAAUGUACCCAAAAUCUUCAGAACUCAACUAAUAACGCGAAUCAGUCCGACACAUCGGGUUUGUUUCGUAUACCUAAACGUUUAAAACAGGGUGAAAACUUACCAGGCGUAUCAACAACGUGCAUGGAUAAUACAUCUAAAACGUUUGAAGAGGUUUCCGAAAUUUCUUCAGUAACCUUACCAGUCCAGAAAGUCAAAUAUCAUUUUAAAAGUCACCACAAGCCAUGUUUUUCAAAACGGGAUGCGCAGAAACGACAUAGCCCCGUCACACACCAUCAUAUGGAACACAGAAGACCAUCCCAGAGAUUAUUUCGGAAUGUUGUUCAAAAAUUUGCUAUACAAGGUGAUAAACCCAGCUUACAAUGGAAACGCCAACCUCUGGUUUCAAAUCCUGUUCCCCGUUUAUUCCAACCUAGUCAUGUUCAGUCUAUAAGACAUCCACCGAAACCUGUGGUUCCCAAAUUAUAUCCUUCCCAAAUAGGGGCGAUUGAUCCAUAUGCUCCGCCAAGACCCUCGAUUGCCCCACAGCCUGAAAGCCAUCGGCCCAUUCUCAGUCCAGACCUCGAUUCGGGUCUCUCUCCCCCGAUAAAUGCAUGCAUGACUCCAAAUAGAAAAACGACGCCACCGUGGAAACAGCAAAAAGUUAAUUCCACCAACUGUCUACCCUUUAAAGUUCCUCCGGCAUUGAAAACAUUAAUUCGUGGAGCAGCCGCCGAGUUACGACUUAACCAACCUACACAUCUUCCACCGUUCCAAUAGCUUUUUUUUUGCCUGAAAGCCCCCAAUUUUUUUUUUUUUGUGACGGUUUUAUCAAACAAAACCUUUUGAGAAACAUGACUUCAAGACAACUUUCUGUAUUAAAAAAAAAUCAC